AUGGGUUCAGACUCGGAUCUUCCUGUUAUGAAAGAUGCUGCAAAAAUUCUCGACAUGUUUGGUGUUACAUAUGAGGUGAAGAUAGUAUCAGCACAUCGCACUCCAGAGAUGAUGUUUUCAUAUGCAACCUCAGCUCAUAGUAGAGGCGUCCAAGUGAUUAUUGCAGGUGCUGGUGGUGCUGCUCACUUACCAGGUAUGGUGGCUUCACUCACUCCUUUGCCUGUGAUUGGUGUCCCUGUACGUGCUACCCGUUUAGAUGGUGUUGAUUCACUUCUCUCCAUCGUUCAGAUGCCUAGGGGUGUUCCUGUAGCCACAGUUGCUAUAAACAACUCCACCAACGCAGCAUUGCUUGCUAUCAGGAUGCUAGGGAUCUCUGAUACUGAUCUCGUCUCAAGGAUGAGACAGUACCAGGAAGACAUGAGAGAAGAGAACAUGGUUAAAGGUGAGAAACUUGAGCGUCAAGGUUGGGAAUCAUAUUUGAACCAGUGAAUAUUACUGGUCAGACCUCUCAUUGGUUACCUGAUAACCGGGACUUCAUCGUGAUCGUUUUUGCUGCCAGUAAGAUCUUGUUGAGAGAUAUAAAGAGUUAGUUUUGAUUCUUGAGUUGUUACGUGUACUUCUGGUUUAGCUUUAUUGUCGAGUUAUUAAACCACAAUUACUUGGGAGUCAAGCUAGUCCCAUUGACGGAUCUCAUAGUUAGCUUCAGUUCUUUGAGAAACUAUAAGAUAAGGUGUCUCAACUUUUUUAUUACUAAUAUUUUUACGAAACCCCCA